AUGUCGCUAUACAGCCGUAGCAUCCCCUCUUUCUCUCUACCCUCUGUCGAUCCUCCCGGCCAGAAGCAUGCUCUUCCUGCUCCGUACAACCAGCCUCCCUUCGAGCGCGGCUCGCUGACCGACGAAAUACGGCUAUGGCUCGGCACGACCUUCUUCCUCCUGCACGCCCUGCCCCUUACGUGCAUCCCGAUGUCCUGGCCCACCUUCCCCGCCAACUUCUUCGCUGGUGUGUUUAAGAACGAGACGAACGUCUCCGCGAUCGGCGUGACGUCCGGGCCUCUCCGCUCCCCCGCUCCCCCGUCAAUUGCGAUCAAUCUUCUCGGCUUGCUCUAUUCCACCUGGGUCAAGCACCUCGUGUCGCCGCUCGCACGGCGGAAGCCAUCGAACGAUGUGUACGACCGAGUGCCGCUGGAGGACAUCGAGGACCGGCGAGCCACCGACGCUGCCGCCGCGCUGGCCAUAUGA